AUGGCAUCAAUUAGAAAAAAUGAACAAGAUAAUCUCAACCUGCCAGUUAUUAUUAGUUUGGUGGUUAUAGGUGUUAUAAUAAUUUCUGUGAGUUUACUAAUUAAUCGAUGGUUGAAAAAUAAGAAAAGUGUACUGCCUGUGGAAAAGUCGAAUAAGUUAGGAGAACCAACAAAGAAAUUCGAUAAUAUAACGCAAUUAAUAAUACCAAGGCCAGUAUUUAAUAAAGAGACAACAUUGCCAGUGUAUCGAAAGUCCGACACGUGGGAAAGAAUUCAUGUGGAUCAAUUUCCUGUUUACAAACUUGGCAUUGUCGCUCCGCUCUAUAAAUUCCAACUUCCAGAUGAAAAUCAAUCUCAAUUACAUCAAAGUUUUUCUCGAUAUACCAAAAUGGUACAAUAUCAUAUUCCAAAUAUUGAUGAAUGCUUUUUUGAUGACUUUAAUAUUCAAUAUAUAAUUGAAAAACAUUUUAAAACUGGAAUGAAUAUAGAUGAAUUUUGGAUUCAAACUUUCAUUUAUUUUGUUCAUUGGAAAUUUCACAUUUUUUUAUUCGUUAAAGAUGAGAGAGAAAAGGCACAUGGUUGUAAAGUUCAGGGUUAUAGGGAAUGUGGAUUUUACGCUUCUUUAAUCAGAGACGUCAUUCUUAAGGGUCACACCUCGAAAGAGGAUUCCUUCCUUCCAAACAUUUUGAUACAUCGCUACCUAUCAAGGGAAGAAAUUAUGAAAGAAGUCGGAUAUAUUACCGACAUUGAAUCUUUUAUAGAGUAUAUGCAGGGUAGGAAGUUUAGAGGCGAAACGGUCGCCACUAAAGAAUUUAUAUCAUGUAUUUCAUGGGAAACUCGAGUGAAACUUUGGCGUGAUAUCUGGGAUCGACGCAAAGAAGUUUGGGAAUUGAUUUAUAAGCGUAACAACGAAGUAAAGGCAAAAGAUCAUGUGCCAGACACCGAAGACGCGUACAUUGGAAUAACUUCUAUCAAUCAAAUUGGUUUAUUCAAUGGUUGGCAGAUGACUUGCGAUCUAUUAAUGAUGAAUAUGAUCAAACUUCAAAAUUUUUAUCAUGUAAAAAUUGGACCCGGUCCUAGAAAGGCUCUACUAACAAUGAAUGUGAAAAUUACCCAAUUUAAUGACUUUGUUGAUUUGAUCAAUGAACACCUGAACAAGGAAUUAUUUAAAAAUCAUAAAAAACUAAGAGGAUUAGAUUUAGAAGAUCUCUUGUGUGGGUUUAUUGGAAAAGGAAGUAUGAAAUGA